CUCUAUUUUUAUCCCUCUGUGCUCUGUCCUGCCUGAGUGAGUUGCGUGGGGAAGUAACUUCAGAGUCUGCUUCUGGACUGGCUGAGGGGGCAACAGCAUUGCGCUGCCAGGAACGGAGGGCUUUGUGGAGGGCUUGGAGCAGGCAGUUGAAUGAUGGAAGGGCAUGUUUAGGGUAUCUAGCCAGCUACCUGACAUUCCAGGGGGUUUCCAAAGUUUCUCUUCUGCUUGCUGUGCCACUGGAAUACAGAGGGAAUGUCCCAUGAAGGUGAGCUUGGAGGUCAGUUGGCCAGCACUGCCAUCAGCAGCAUAGCUGUGCAGGCCGGGGGUUCGCGGAUCACCGUGGCCGUGCUCCAGUGUGGCACACUGCUCCAGCUGCAGCUGGCCGAGUCAGAGCCCGACCUGCUGGAGAUUGGCAACAGCCAGGAGGACACGCAGAGGCUCCUGGAGGAACACGAGCAACUGCUGAUCAAGCUCAAGAAACACGAGGGCUCUGUGCGCGGGUUGCUGGAGGAAACAGACCGGACAAUGGAGGUGGGGGCUGAACCCAGGCUGCAUGAGCACAUGGCAUCCUCACUGAGCCAGGCCUGGAAGGAGCUGGUUGCUCAAUUGGACACUCGCAGGGACCUGCUACAGCUGGCCAUAUGCUUCUAUGACCAAGCCCUGGAGUUUGCAGUGAAGAUAGACGAAGCAGAGGAGCUCCAACUGGGCACGUCCAAGGAGAUAUCCACAGGCUGCCUGGAGGAUCUGGUUCAGAAGCACAGCAGCAUUAAAAGAGGCCUACUGAAAACGUCUCUGCUGGCUCUGAACAGCAGCCAGGAGCUGGUGAACUUCCUCCAGCACUCUUGCUUUAAGGAGAAACUACUGAGGCCGGGCAGCAUGCACAGGGCACACAGCAGCUGUACCAAGGUGGAGAACCUUCUGGAGAUCCUUCAGGAUAGGCGCCGACAGGUGGACCAGCGAAUGAGGCAGCAGCAACACCACCUGGAAUCUAUUUUGCAUGUCCGCCUCUGGGAGCAGCAGGAACAGGAAGACCGGAGCCUGAUCAUAAGUAGGCUGCUGGCUCAGGCCCCUGAGGUCCUCUCUGUGGAAGACAGGGAGGUUCUAGCUGCGAGGAGCCUCCAGCUGAUGGAGCCCCGUGAAAAGCUCUGGAGACUGAUGGAGGGCCACCUGGGGGAUCGGCAGGAAAGCAACAAUAAGGCUUUUGAGGCCCUAGCUGGUGUGGAGAGCCAGCUGCAGGCCCCUCACUCACAGUCCAACUCUCUGCUGGCCCAGUGGCACAAGGAGCUGCAGUGCACCUCGAGGGAGGUGACUUCUGAUCCUCUCCAGCAUGAACAACUUCUCCUUGAGAGGUUUCAGCCCCAUUGUGCCCAAAUGGCUGGGGUGCUGGGAUGUAUCCAGGUGAACUCCUUCAGUGGAGAGUGCCAUGCCUACCAGGACCUGGCUGAGAAGAAGCUACAGCUAAUGUCCUCUAUUGAAGAGCUGAUAUACAAGGUGUCCCUGUGGAUGAAGGGAACCAGAUCCGCUAUCAGCAAUAGCAUCCUUGAACCUGGAUCAGGGCUCUCCGAGUCAGAGGACAUGUUGAAUAGACACAAGGAGCUGGCCUCACAGGCACAGGACACAGCAGACAAGCUCAAGUACAUCACAGAGCUUGUGGCACAGCUAAGGCUGCUGGACUCCCAUGAGGCCGAUGAGCUGUCCAGCAGGAACAUUGCCCUGAACGAACAGCUGGGGGCAGUGAUGAGAAGUGUGAAUGCAUGGCUGGACACUCUCAGGCCCUAUGUGUGUUUUCUGCACGUCACAGAAGAGGUGGAUGAGCAGAUACAGCAAGUACAGGAGAUUUUUAAAGGCAGGCCUGAAGAUGACACUGAUGGUGCAAGUGGCAAAUGGCAGUCACUGUUGCAGAAGUUCCUCAACCUGCAGGAGCAGGCCAACAUCUUCAUAUGUUCGGUCAGCUUGGUCAGUGAGAAGCACAAGCUUGACGUGAAAGCUGCCGUGUGUCAGGUUGAGAAGAUCAUGGAAAAGCUGACCAAGAAAAAGGCCAUCCUGAUGGACCUGUGGACCUCAUGGCAGCUCCAGGUCAACCAGAUAAAAUCUGUGAAAAAGCAGUGGAAGAAAUUCAAGGAGCACCUUAAAAAGACCAUCCAUGACCUGAAGAUGCUGGAGGAUGUCCUUGCUCCAGGAUCCAAGAUGGAUUUGGGAAGUGAUCUCACAACUGUAACCAAGUUGCAGGAGAAUUUCAACCUUGCAAAACCACAAUUUAUGCAGCUGAAUGCAGAGGUGGAGCACACGCUGAAGAUCUCAGAGCUGCUGCCACUCAGAGGAGCUUCGGUGAAAGAGAAGAAUGAGAAGGUGAUGGAGCUCCUCCAUGUGCACCAGCAAGCCAAGGAUAAGAUAAAGGAGUAUGAAGUGGUCCUCUGCAAGGCUGUCCGGUUCCUGCAGCUGUAUCAUGAUCUGGACUGCGUGCCAAAUGCUGUGCCAGUCACAGUGCUUCCUGAUGCUAGUCAGGCUCGGGUCCAACUGGCACAGUACCAGGAGAGGCGUGCCCACAUGUGCUACCUGUAUAAGCAAGCCAUCUCCUUAGGGGCAGAGGUUGCCAGCAUUGUGUGUCAGUCGCAUACCCUGGGCUUCCAGGUCCAGCAGCUCCAGGAGAGGAUGAAAAAGUUAGAGACAGCCAGCAUGAGGUGGAGUAUGGAGGCCUAUCGCUGUGAGGAAAACCUGGAGAGCCACUUGCAGUAUUGUGUGUUUAAGGAGGAGAUGAAUGAGCUUAGGGAUUCAUUUAAAGACCUGAGAAAGAAAUUCAACAACUUAAAAUUCAGCUAUAUGAAGAGGAACGAGAAAAUAAGGAACAUAAAGGCGGUGAAGAAUCAAUCUCAGCAGAUAGAGCGGUACAUGGAGAAACUGCAAGUGCUGAAGAACAAGGUGCAGGCCUUAACUAUCAAGCUCAUCACCAGCAAGGAGCAGCCCCUCAAGGGGAGAGAGAUGGAAGAUGCCGUGAACGAGCUCCAGAGGCAGCUGGGAGAUUUUGACAGGACCAUGGAGGAAUUCAAGACAAACCUUGAAAUGACAGCUAACCUGCAGCAGGUUGUGGAGGAGUACCAGUUCUGGUCUGAUGAGGCCAGCGCUACCAUCAUGAGGGUAGGGAAGUACUCCUCUGAGUGUAAGACCAAGGAGGCUGUGAGCAUGCUCUACAAGCAGUUUGAGAAGUUUGUCUGGCCCACAAUUCCACAGCAGGAGGAGCGAAUCCAGCAGAUCAAAGAGCUGGCCAUACGUCUCCUUGGUCCAGAAGAGGGGAAGAAGUUUGCGGAGAAAGCUGUUAGCAAGCACAGUGAGAUUGUGGACUCUAUCAAAGAGCUCUGCAAAGGCCUUAUGGGCCUGGAAACCAAAUUGCAGGCAGAGGCUCUGAAGCAGCAGUCCAGCCCAGGGCAACACAGAGACACAGACAUGAGUUUGCUGAAGGAGUCAUGCCAUACUCCAGAAAAUGCUGGCCCGAGCCAUGACAAGAGGAGCAGGGUGAUGAACCAAACCCAACAACUUGGACGCGACAUUGCAUUGCUACAGAGCAUGUCUUACUGCUGCGAAGCAUACUCAGAGAGUGGCCGGGUCACCUCCAUCUCUGACAGCUCCACAACUGAGCGACUUGAAUGCCUGCACACCACCUCACACACCGAGACCAUCAGCCUGUCCCUCUUGCCAUCCUCGGUCAUCCCUGGCUUCUCUGACAUCCGCGGGGAAUUUUGCAAGCCAGAAGAGCAGAAGAAAGGGCAUGAGGAGUCUGAGUCUCUCAGAAGUUUUAGGGAACAGCCUGCACACACACAGGGGGAAGUUCCUCAUUCUGCAGAAGAGAUCAUGUGUCCUGAUGCAUAUGAACAUUCAUCACUCCCUCCCAUGGGUGAGGAGACGUGUGCAACAGAGGGUGACCUCUUCACCGAGGAGUAUCUUUCCAAUGACGAGUACGAGUGCCCCUCACCUGAUGACAUCUCUUUGCCCCCACUUUCUGAGACGCCAGAGUCCAACAUGGUUCAGUCAGAGAAUGAGGAUGGCAUGUGCUCACAUAGCCCGCAUGCUAGCCAGCAGGGCCUCUUCCAGUUCCACUCUCAGUUCAGUGAUGGUGUCCCCCAGAGGCAGGGGUUGGUCCUGAGUCAUGAUGAAGGCCAGACCUCGCCUUCCAGGUUUCGGGUGGAGUCGUCAUCAUUUGUGCACAGCCCCCUGACCGUGCCCACCCCCAGCCUGGUGUCCAGCACACUCUCCAGCAUCCUAAAUACCAGGCUUCCCCCACCCUCUUUGCCCGCCCCCAGCACUCUCAGCGAGUGCCAAUGGACUCUGUAUGCAAUGCAUGAGAGUUUCACGCAGAUGCAAGAGUGUGCGCAUGUGGGUGCUCUGCCUAGUGACAUGCAUGUCCCCCCUUCCCCACUAACGGACCUGGGACCCUGCAGGCCUGCCAUUGUCUGGGAAGAGGUCCGGCUGUUGUCAGGGAGCCAGGCGAUACCUGGCCUUUCAGGUCAGGCUCCUUACUUCUCCAAGCUACUGUCUAAUGCCAAGGUCAUGGAGGGCUCCCCUGUGACCCUGGAGGUAGAAGUCGUGGGAUCCCCAGAGCCUACGCUUACAUGGUGGGAAGCCUACAAUGAGCAGGCCUCAUAGGCACAGACAGGGGCUUACUGAUGGUUAGGGUUUGGGUUAGAGCUCGCUGAGAGUUAUGACUAUUGUGACAGGAGAGCAUGCCCCCCCCCAUUCCCAUCAAGAACACUAUACUUAAAUAAGAGGGGUAGGGCUACAGUUUUGAGAAAUCAAGGAAUUUAUAGAUGCCAGUUUGGAAUACAUAUAUCACAAUUACAUGUACUGUGCUACAGUCAUUUCUAAUACUCUGCAUAAUCCUUUAUAAUAAUACAAAAAUGUAUUCAGUAUUAUUUAAAUAACCAAUAUAUCUGGAUAUUUGCUUUUGUUGUUUGUUGUUCUACUUUAUUGUCCUUCACUAACAGGAUGCUUGGUGAACCCUAGAACAUUAAUAGACCCACAGACUGCCUUUAAGCCCCUGAUUCUUAUACAUUUUUCUAUUUUUUGUAUUUUCAAUGUUCUCUUGCUUGCUGUGCUGUGGCUGUGUGAAGUAGAAAUUCACUUUUUAUCUCAAGUACAGGAAUGGACCGAAAGUGACCCAUGAGCAGCACGUAGAACUGUCCCAAAAGGACAGAACACAUGGCGUGUUUAUUCAGAUGAUCACCAAUAGCAGCGCAAGUCUCAAUGUCACACAGGCCAUAAAUUCUAGUGGUAUUCUCCUCUAGCUCUGUCCUCAAGGUCAAAGGUAAUAGCUACCCAGAUGAUUCCACCCCUUCUUCUCAGCUGGACUGGCUCACCUGUUUUGGGACCUUGUGUGUCCUCCGGUGGCUAGUGUACUUGCUGUUGUAAUGUGCUCCUAGGCACCUGUCCACCUGUGUACCACGCUAGAAAAAUACUUAUUGUGUACUCUGCAUCCUGCAUCCAUUUAUGACCCAAAGAGACCUAUGUCUCUGUUUACUUGCAUCAUUGGGACUUUUUGACCAGUCAUUUUACAGUUAGGGGGCGGCAUGGUGGUGCAGUGGUUAGCACUGUUGCCUCACACCUCUGGGACCCGGGAUCGAAUCUCCGCCUGGGUCACAUGUGUGUGGAGUUUGCAUGUUCUCCCCAUGUCGUCGUGGGGUUUCCUCCGGGUACUCCGGUUUCCCCCCACAGUCCAAAAACAUGCUGAGGCUAAUUGGACUUGCUAAAUUGCCCGUAGGAAUGCAUGUGAGAGUGAAUGGUGUGUGAGUGUGCCCUGCGAUGGGCUGGCCCCCCAUCCUGGGUUGUUCCCAGCCUCGUGCCCAUUGCUUCUGGGAUAGGCUCCGGACCCCCCGCGACCCAAUAGGAUAAGAGGUUUGGAAAAUGGAUGGAUUUUACAGUUAGUUUUUUGUGUGAAAACAUUCACAUCCACUUAAACAGGUAAGAAACACAAAAUCAUAUGACAGCCACAUCCUGGUGAAGCAGAGUGUUGACACAUCAGAUUUGAGAAAAUAUGUCUGCAUGGACAGAGACCAGGAAGGAGAGGCUAUGUGCUCAGCAUAGAUCCGGGUCAGUAAAUAUUGAAUAAGAGUGAGAUUUUGUGUAGGAUUAUUAUUGAUGGUUCUGGUUAAGAGCAGGAUUCUGGAUAGGAUGGUUAUUGUUUGUUUUAGUUAAGAGCAGGUUUUUUUAGGAGUGGUGGAUUAUUUUCAGCUCCCAUGUCUAUAUCCUGCAUUAAAUAAAGCCAGAUUACUUUGCCAUCACUUAUUACAAGCAAGUAUGAAAACAGUUUGUAUGGUCAGCAACAAUCUGCACUAACUUGCUAAUGACUUCUGUUUGAAUAUGACCUCCACAGGCUGAAAUUCUGUUUCAUUGGCAUGUUGCCAUUAUGAUUGCAAAUCAUGACCAUUCAUCUUCAGCUAUUGCAAUGUUUAAGUACAUUUUUUUCUAUCAGUAAUUCCUUGUGUGAACAUAUUCCUUUCUCUGUGAUUCUGUUAUCAUCAUUCACAGUUCCUUAAUGAAAGUUUGUCUAGCUAUUUUCUUCAGUCUUUACACAUGUUUCAUUAUAUUAUAUUAAAAAAACUUGGAAUACAUUGAGGGGUGGCAUGGUGGUGCAGUGGUUAGCACUGUUGCCUUACAUGUCUGUGGCCCAGGUUCAAGUCUCUGCCUGGGUUACGUGUGUGUGAAUUUUGCAUGUUCACCCCAUGUCACUUUUUUUUUUUUAAUUAUCCUUGGCGUUUAUAUGAUGAACAAUUUCUAUCUUUACACAGAAUGUUUGUAUAAUUUAUCUUUUAAAGAACUGCUGUUUGUAUGCUAAAAGCAAAGAUGAUAUUGAAUGAAAAGUAUGAUAUACAAUGAACUUGGAAUUACAGAUAGUCACUGCCUUGGUCAACUUCUUUGGGUCUUCCACUACAAGGUGCACGAUGAGGGGGAGUGUCACUGGGAUGCCAGACGUCUAAACAUGGCAGAAAGUGCGCGAGCUCUAGUGCAGUGUCUUUUAAACAAUUAAGGUUUUAUAGAAACUGUUGCAAAUGCAUGCAGCAACAGCACUGCUGCAGGCCCUAAUGCACAGUCAUCAUUUUACAGAGUGGAUAAUAAAUUAUGCGCAAUUUUCAAAAGAGGUGCCAGAUUAUCUGAGGCCAAGAACGAGUGUAUUUUCAUUGUAUAUAUAUCAUACGUUUCAUUCAAUAUCAUUUUUAUGUAUAUGUUACUGUCAUGGUUUAGUGUUUAUUGCAGAAUCUCUGCUAACCAAAGCAGUGCAUGGUCACCUUGCAGCAUACUGGUAAUUUACGUUUUAGUAACCCUUAUAAAACAAAAACAUUUCAAUGUAUGGACAUCAAUAUAUAUUUUCGUGUCACAAGUGUCUGCUCCAAAAAUAUAUAAAAAAAUACAAAGCAAAAUUCAAUCCAAAAAUACAUUACAAUAUAUUGAAUUAUAUAUUGCAAUUUUUCAUAUAUUGUAAAAUAUAUAAAAAUAUAUAUGUAAGGUAUAUGCAAUUUGUAAGCAAUUUGGGGGUGGCAUGGUAGCACAGAGGUUGGCCAAUCUUACCCAGAAAGGGCCAUUAUGUCUGUGGGUUUUUGUUACUACUACCUAAUUAGAUUAUUAAUUAGAGGACUGAUUGGCUAAAGAUUCCUCACAUCAGGGUUUGAACAGUUGACCUAAAGGUUAUCCCAAAAACCCGCAUACACACUAGCCCUUUGCAGAUAAGAUUGUUCUGAGUACUCCAAUUUCUCUCACAGUCAAAAAAUAUGCUGUGGUUAAUUGACGGUGUACUGUUCUGUUUUGGUGAAGAGGGAGAUAUUCCAGAAGACAAAGCUCUCAAUUUACCAGUCAAUCUAUGCUCCUACCUUCAGCUAUGGUCAUGAGCUCUGGGUAGUGAUCGAAAGAAUGAGACUGCGGAUACAAGCAGCCAAAAUGAACUUCCUCCACAGGGUGGCUGGGCUCAGUCUUUGAGAUAGGGUGAAGAGCUCAGACAUUCAGGAGGAGCUCAAAGUAGAGCCGCUGCUCCUCCACAUCAAAAGUAGCCAGUUGAUGUGGUUCAGGCAUCUAUCUACGAUGCGCCCUAGACAGCUCCCUGGGGAGGGGUUUCAGGCAUAUCCAACCAUGAGGAGACGCCAGGGCAGACCCAGGACACAGUGGAGAGGUUAUAUCUCUCGGCUGGCCUGGGAAUGCCUUGGUAUUCUCCCAGUGGAGUUGGAGGAGGUGGCUGUUGAGAGGGAGGUCUGGGCACCCCAUCUUAGACUGCUGCUUAAUAAAUUAGAACACUAAAUAAUUUUACAUAUUGACAGUUAAUAUACAGGGAAACAUGUUUUCUUUCCAUAAGCAUAAACUACAUAAACACAGAUAUUGUUAACUCAUUAAAUAACGAAUUUUAAAUAAAACUAUUACAUGUAAAAA